UAUGCAGGAUGUACCUGGAUCACUGCUUCAGUAAAUUGUUUACUCUAAUGAAACCUCUAUAGGUUGACUAUAGGCUUGAAAGGUAAUUCUAGUGGUGAUGUAUCCCCAAUGGUUAUCAAGAUAACAAAGACCUAAGAUCUGAAGAGAUCCUUUGUGUUAGCACUGUGUCCUUUUUGUUCUGCUGUGAGAAGCCAGCAGAAAUAUGAGCUGAUCCUUUGAUACUCUUCAUUACCUCACAUGCAAAUGUUGAUAAAUUACCAUAAACUAAAGUACACAUGCACUGUCCUAUAAGGGCUCUCUGUAGCAGCAUUGUUAUACAGUGAUGGUUAGAAGGCACACAUGUGAAGGUGUUUGUAGAUCUUUGCUUUGACCAUGGUGUCCUGCGUUACAGACUGCAUUGAAAAACCCAUACGGAUGUGUUUUGAAAGUCUGGGUAAAUUUGUAGGGCUUCACCCGUGGUGGUUUGUCACUCUUCCUCUGGUGAUGUCUGCAGCUCUCGGAGGAGGAUUUUACUUUUUGAAGGACCUGAAAUCCAACAACAUAGUGGAGCAGUUCACGCCGAAGAAUGGACAUGCAAAAGUGGAGAGGCAUUUCUUUCAAGAAACCUUUCCGCAAAAUGAUACACAGUUUUCAGUGCUACGACUUAACACAGAUGGGGUCUUUGCAUCUGUGAUAUUUUCUUCUCGGACAAAUGUACUCAGCGCCGAGGCAUUGGAUGAAAUAUUGCGCAUAAAUGGAGAUGUUAAAGAAUUUGUCGCAAAUCAAAGCACAUACUCAGAUAUUUGUGCCACAGUGAACGGAAGGUGUUACUCAAAUGCAUUGCUUGAUGUCUUAGGUUACAAUGCAAGCAAUUUUCAUUUAGUCAACAUAACAUUUCCAGUAUACUGUCAGUCAGAGAUCAACUGUAUCCACUUGGGAAAUUACAUUAGUGAGGUGGAUGUGGAUGACAAUGGAGUUGUUAAAAGUGCCAAAGCACUAAGACUUUUCUAUUAUUUACAAGAAAACUCGACACUGGGAGACAUUUGGCUUCAAGGCUUUAUUAACUUGCUCUCCAAUGUGACAACAUCCCUCACAGAAGUUGCCUUUUUCACCUCAAUAUCAAGACAACAGGAAUUUGAGAAGAGCACGGCAUCUGUCACUUAUCUUUUUGCAAUCACAUAUUUUCUUGCAAUUUCAUUUUCAAUAAUAUCUUGCCUAAGGUUCGACAAUGUCAGAAGCAAAGUGUGGGUGGCAUCUCUUGGAGUUUUUUCAACUGCACAAGCAGUGCUGGCCAGCUUUGGGUUGCUUUUACUCUUGAACGUGCCAUUUGUUAUUACCGUGGCAUCAUCUCCAUUCCUUAUUCUUGGGAUUGGUAUCGAUGACAUGUUCAUCAUGAUCUCCAGCUGGCAGAGGACCAAUGUUCAAGACUCAGUGCCAGAACGCAUGGCCUGCACCUACAGAGAAGCGGCCAUUUCUAUUACCAUCACCACCUUGACUGACGUUCUAGCGUUCUACCUUAGCUACAGCAACCCUUUUGGCUCUGUGCAGUCUUUUUGUCUCUACGCUGGGACGGCUGUGUUCUUCUGCUACCUUUUUAACAUCACUUUCUUUGGAGCGUGUCUGGCUCUGAAUGGUAGAAGGGAGGGGGAAAACCGACAUUGGUUAACUUGCAUGAAGGUUCCAGAGGAGAGUCAAACAGGACAAUCUAAAGCGUACACUGUCUGCUGUGUCGGAGGAGCUUAUAACCAUACCACAGGAACCGAAGAAGAACAUCCAAUGAUGCUGUUUUUCAGGAAGUACUAUGGACCGUUUCUAACCAUAAUUUGGACUAAAGCAUUUGUAAUUGUUUUGUACCUCAUAUACAUUGCGAUUAGUGUUUAUGGAUGCCUGAGGCUUAAGGAGGGCAUUGACCUCAAGAAUCUAGCAGUUGAUGAAUCAUACAUCGUCCAGUACUAUGAGGCAGAAAAGACAUAUUUUAAAUAUUACGGUCCGAAUGUGAUGUUAGCUGUUAAUGGCACAUUUCCAUAUUGGGAGGAGAAUGAACGCCACAAACUCGAGUCUUGUUUCGCACAGUUUAAGGAGCUAGAUUUUGUCAUGAACUUAUCAACAUCCUGGCUUGAUUCUUUUGAGAAGUACGCAAAGCAAAAUAGCAAAAAUAUUAGUUCUGAGGCUGGUUUUAAAACACAUCUCGAUCAGUUUCUGGACCACCAUCCCAUGUUCAAACAGGAUGUUAACAUAACCAAUGCUGACAUAGCUGCAUCACGUGUGUUUCUUCAGACAUUCAACAUUUCCUCGGAGAAGACCAUGCUGAAUUUAUUACGAGAGACAGCGGAGGACUGCCAGUGGCCAUUGGUGGUCUACCAUCCAGCAUUUAUAUACUAUGAUCAGUAUACUGUGAUCGGUGACACCACCGUUCAGACCAUCAGUGUAGCAACUGCAGUCAUGCUAGUUAUUUCUCUUGUGCUAAUUCCAAAUCCUCUUUGUGCCCUUUGGGUGACUUUUGCUAUAGCUUCAGUCAUUUUGGGAGUUACGGGGUUCAUGGCACUGUUAAAUGUUAACCUUGAUUCCAUCUCCAUGAUAAACCUGGUCAUUAGCAUUGGGUUCUCCGUGGACUUCUCCGCUCACAUCUCCUACACGUUUGUGUCCAGUAAGAAAUCAGAUGUGAACGAGAGAGUUGUGGAUGCACUGGCGCACUUGGGCUUUCCCAUACUUCAAGGUGCUUUGUCGACGAUUGUGGGGGUUGUGGUGCUUUCAGCUUCUACAAGCUACAUAUUCAGAACUCUCUUCACCAUUGUGUCUCUGGUGAUUAUGUUUGGGUUUUUUCACGGUAUUGCUUUUAUUCCAGUAUUUCUCACUUUUUCUGGAUUUUGCCACAAGUUGUGGUAGCAUGAUUCAACAUUUCCGUGCAUUCGAAAUACACCAGGGGUCUCAUUUAUAACACUGUGCGUAGAACCUUUACUUAAAGUCUACGUAUGCAGAAAAGCCGAAAAUGGCAAACGCCAAAAAAUAUUAAAGGAAUAUUCCAUUUUCUAUAAAGAAAAAUCC